AUGCUUCUUCAGCAAGCUAUCUCUUUAGCCGCACUCGGCCUUAUCGCCUUCACCAGCAAUCAGCUCACCGUCUCUGCUGAACCACUUGCAGUUGUUCACGGUAUUAGCGGUCCUCCAAUCAAGCUCUCUGCCAAUUACCUUGCCGCUUUCGAUGACGAUAACGCCCCCGAAGUCGAUUUUGAGCUUGUGGAUAACACUGGUGAUGUCUCUUCCAAAUUGAUCUCCCUCAAGAAACGUGGUCCAAGCUGUGCUCAGUACUACACUGUCUCUAGCGGUGAUACUUGUGAAAGCAUUGCCAAGGAUUAUGGUCUUAGCACCAGCGAAUUCAUCGACCUUAACUCCCAAAUCAACAGUGGUUGUGGCAACUUGCACAUCAACAAAAAGUAUUGUGUUGAGAAGGGUAGCGGUAGCAGCGACAGCGGCAGCAGCAGCAAAGACUCGUCUUCUGGUUGUUCCGAAAAGCACAAGGUCUCUGGAUCUGAUACCUGUGAAUCCAUCGCCAAAAAGUAUGGCAUCUCUGUUAACAAGUUUUAUGAUUUGAACCCCAAGGUCCACCGUGGCUCUUGUGACAACCUUGAUAACGGCAAAUCCUAUUGUGUUGCCGGUGGUUCUUCUUCCAAGUCAUCAUCUGGCAGCAGCAGCAGCAGCGAUCAUGAUGACGAUGUUAGUGACAAGCUCUCUGGUCUUGCUUCCAAGACAUCCAAGUCUUCUGGCAAGUCUGAAAAGCGCAAGAAAUUACAAACCAAGGCUGCUUUCACCUAUUACUGGAUUGCCCAAUCCGAAGACUACAAGGGUGGCUCCAAGGUCGCUAUCAAGACUUGCAAUGGCAAGACUAUUGCCAAGGUCAAUGAAAACUACGCCGACGCUCUUGUCAUGGAAGGCACCGGUGUUGUUAAUGAUAAGAUUGUCAACCUUGGUGGUUGCAGCUGCUCCAACUACAAGUGCUUUGAGGAGAUUGAUCGUUCGGAUGAGCCUUAUGGCAUCACUGCUUAUGGUUCUGCUCUUCGCCCCUAUGUCAGCAUUGCUGCCAAUGAUCUUGACAAGGGUUCCAAGAUCUAUGUGCCCCAACUUGAUGGCUGGAAGUUGCCCAACUCAAACAAGAAACACAAUGGCUGUCUUUUGGUUGACGACCAAAGCUGGAGCUUUGAGUCUCAUCACAUUGACUUUUACGUGUUCGAGCAAAGCAACUAUGACAAGCUUGACAAGGAGCACAGAGUUACCAAGGUCGAUAUCUACGAGGGUGGUAGCUGCAAGCUCUUGAACUACCUCUAA